GCAGGCGCCCGCGCCCACAGUCGCCUCACGUCAAACUGGCAGCUGCGACUGGGCAGCGCAACAGGUUGUUUGAAUGUUGGUGUAUUGAUAACAGCGUUAUGUGUGAAAGGGAAGGUGAGAGGUGUUCGGCUCCUAAUCCUCUUACCGGCAUUAUGCUGAGCCUCGUUCAAGCCCUGACAUGCGGUGCGCCCUUGUAGCUCCCCAAAACCCGGAGUCAGCAUCUCUGCGUCCGUUACGCGCAGCUGGAGGGACGGUCCGCAGCGGCGAGGGGUCGAGCAGCCGGCGGUACAGGUAGGACCCGCACCACCACUCUCUGCACACAGCUGCUGUAUGGAUUUUAUUGUCUCUUUAUUAUCUUUUUUUAUUUUUUUGGACGAUGGCUGGUUAUCGAUUAAAGCUUUGCGUCGACCUCGCGUGAUUUAAUCCGCGCCGGUCUCAGUUAGUCCCGCAGUUACACCUCGACGCGCCCUUGUUGGUCACGGAAUCUGAUGGUUUUGUUAACAUGGACGUGUAAACGCACGGCGGGGUUAAUUAGUGUGUCAUUAGGGAUCGUUUAAUGCACGCGCGCAUUUCAGCACGCUCUGUCCGUGCGCGCGCUCACGCCGUGACGCUAAAUAUAACCGGUUAAUUUCUGAAGUCAUUGUUUUUUUUCACGCGCUUUCUUGUUAUGGUUUUAACAUGUUCAACGUGUCUUCGUUGGAUUCCUGCCUUGCGAGAAGCCAAAGCCUGUGUGAUUAUGUAGCCAUAGUAACAGGCCUUCCACAGGUUGAGGCUGCCCGCCGUGAAAGAUGAAACACACUAUUUGUAUGUGUGUGUCUCUCUUCCCCGUCGGCGGCGUCUUCUUGCCACAGAUCGGCGCUGGAACUGUCGAGGACUAGCGAUGCACUUGACAUAACUUCCUGUUUGGAGUUGAGACCACGAGGGCAAUGAACGUGCACUCGCCUCCGAGGAGGAGACUCCGGCGCUGCCGCGUUCUCUUCUUCAUCUCAGGCGUUCUGCUGUGUUUCGUCUACACGCUGACUCUGAAGGCCAGGCUGUCACAGCCGCGUGCCUCCGCCCAGAUGGGUGACGCUCUCGGAGCGGAGGGGGGCGACGAUGAUGUUGUUUUAGCGGUCAACAUUCGGGAGGUGAUGGCAUCCAAUGAGACGGAGGAGGAGGACGCCUCACCUGAGAUCACCAAACCUCCCCUGGUGAUAAUCGUCAACAGGACAGAUAUCGAACAGUGUGUCUACGUCGAUCCUAAACCUCCCAAACCGCCUCCGACUCCGACCCCGCCGCCAACGAACACCUCAGCUACCCCUCGUCCUCCACUCCAGCCCCCUCACAGGAAGGGUGAUUAUCCGGAGGACCUCUUCUCAGUGGAGCAGCGACGGCAAGGCUGGGUGGUUCUGCACGUCAUAGGCAUGAUCUACAUGUUUGUCGCCCUGGCCAUCGUCUGCGAUGAGUUCUUCGUCCCUGCACUGGAGGUCAUCACCAACAGUCUGGAGAUCUCCGACGACGUGGCCGGAGCCACCUUCAUGGCGGCCGGAGGCUCUGCCCCUGAGCUCUUCACCUCUCUGAUCGGCGUCUUCGUCUCCCACAGCAACGUGGGCAUCGGCACCAUCGUGGGCUCGGCCGUCUUCAACAUCCUGUUUGUGAUCGGCAUGUGCGCCGUCUUCUCCCGGGAAAUGCUGCACCUGACCUGGUGGCCACUCUUCAGAGACGUGACCUUCUACAUCAUGGACCUCAUCAUGCUCAUCGUCUUCUUCCUGGACAACACGAUCCUGUGGUGGGAGAGCAUCUGUCUGGUGGUGGCCUACAUCAGCUACGUGAGCUUCAUGAAGUUCAACGCUCAGAUCGAACAGGCGGUCAAGACCCAGCUGAACAAGCACAUGAGCAUCGUCAAGGUGUGGACCGCAGAGGAGCCGGAAAAGGAGAGUGAAGCUCCUGCAGCGCCUCCUCCUCCUCCUGCUGCUCCCGCUGCGCCUCCUCCUGCUCCUCCGGCGGCUGCUGCGGCACCACAGGCUGACGAUAAAUCCAAACGGGGACCUGAGCGAUCUCCGAGCGGCCCCCAAUGCAACAAAUCCCCACCGGACCCACAAGAGGACAAAACGAGACUAAGGGUGCGUCCUGUCCUGCAGAGAGGCGGCAGCUCGGCCUCCCUCCACAACACCUCGCUGAGGAGCACCAUCUUCCAGCUGAUGAUCCACACGCUCGACCCUCUGGGGGAAGAGACGGCCCUCAGAGGCGCCAUUAAAACCCCCAGCCUGAGGAAAACCAGGAGAGAGACGUCCUUUAACGGUGAUGUCAGAGGGGAGUCGUCAGUGCAGAGGAAAGCAAAGAACAAAGUAAAGCCUCUGAACGUCCCGGUCACGGGCAAAUUACAGAGCAAGUCACAUCAUUGCCGCUCUGAAGACGGUGAUGCCACCCCAAACACCGAGCCGGCCGCCGCAGCAGCAGGGGGCGCUGCAGCGGCCGAGCCGUCCACCUCACAGCCUCAGAAGACAGAAGAGACGGGUGAGAAGACGGCCGACCAGCCGGACGAGCCAAAGGCAGCAGCGGAGGGAUCAGAGGGCUCCGACGGCAGCGGGGAGGACGAGAGCGGUGAUGAGGAGAGCAGCGAGUCCGGUGACAGCGAAGGUGAUGACGGAAAGAAGGAGGGAGAGGAAGAGGAGAAUGAGCCUCUGUCUUUAGAGUGGCCUGAAACCAGACGCAAGCAGGCCACGUAUCUGUUCCUGCUGCCCAUCGUGUUCCCGCUGUGGCUCACGCUGCCUGACGUCCGCAACCUGGCGUCCAGGAGGUAUUUUGUCGUCACGUUUCUCGGCUCCAUCCUGUGGAUCGGAGUCUUCUCCUACCUGAUGGUGUGGUGGGCUCAUCAGGUCGGUGAGACUAUCGGCAUCUCAGAGGAGAUCAUGGGCCUGACCAUCCUGGCAGCCGGGACGUCCAUCCCUGAUCUGAUCACCAGUGUGAUCGUGGCCCGGAAAGGUCUGGGGGACAUGGCUGUGUCCAGCUCGGUGGGCAGCAACAUCUUCGACAUCACUGUCGGCCUGCCGGUCCCGUGGCUGUUGUUCACUCUGCUGCACAACGGCGAGCCGGUGACCGUCAGCUCCAACGGCUUGUUCUGCGCCAUCGUGCUGCUUUUCCUCAUGCUCCUGUUUGUCAUCAUCUCCAUCGGCGCCUGUCGCUGGAAGAUGAGCAAAAUGUUGGGCUUCACCAUGUUCGUACUGUACUUUGUGUUCCUGGUCCUCAGCGUCAUGUUGGAGGAUCGCAUCCUCAUCUGCCCCAUUUCCAUCUGAGCUGACGGGCAGAGAGCGAACCCCGCCGCCGCACACGACUUAGUACGUCCAGACUGGAUCAACACGGUACGUAGGAUCCGUUAGAUAGAAGAUGAGCCUGAUGUCAAGAGGCCGACCUGACGCACAGUAGACUCAUGGUAAAAGAGAAAGUAACGAAACGAGCAGUGAUGUUAAAGGGGAAAUCAACCCAAAACAAAACUUAAUGUACAUGUGAUCAACAUUUCCCGGCACCUACUCUCUAAGAACAAAAAUCACAAAUUGUUUUCCUAUAUUUCCGAGAAUUCAGAAAGGUAGUUAGCCCUGAUUAGAAAGCAAAGUGUGCUGAUGUUGAUUUAAUUGGGUUUUUCAAGCUGCGACAGACACACAGUGACAUUUAAUACCUUUUCAUACAUUUAAGAUGAAUUCAGUUAAUGAACAGUUUAUAUCGACAAAACUAUCAAAUUAGAUACAAACGCAAACGAAGACAAACAUGCCCUCUUCACGCUGAUUCCUUUGCAAACCCCACUGCCCAGAAAUACCAGAGCAAAAUCUCAACAAUUAAAAUGUUUGUGUAUGUUUGAGUCACUGAUUGAAUUUUGUGUCUCCUGUUGGGAGAUGGAACUGUCUUGCACCUGAACCUGUCGACCCGUAAUAAGUUCACUUCUCUCCUUAAAUGGGAUUUCCUGUAUUUUUAAACCCGGGCCCUAAAUUUACAUGUUUUGGCAUGUAAAUGAUUCGUAUGUACCAAAAGCUUUGGAAUGGGUCCAGCAGAUCGCCUCAGCGGGUUCAAGGAGACGUCUCAUUCUGAAACUUGGAGAGCUGAGUCGUCACGGUUAAUUCAGCCAUGACUUUGGAAAUAAAUUGUUAGCAGUUACUCUAACUAAACUUUGGUCUCCUCUCUCCAGCUCUCACACUCACGUUUCCGUCAUCACCGUCAUGCAACAACAGAGUAAAAAAGUGGGUUUACUCAUGUAUGUAUUUUGUUGUAUAAAUCACCUGUAUUAACCUACAAUUCCUAUAAGAAUCUUUGGGAUUAUAUGUACAGUAGGGAAAAAAAUAGCGUGGGCUUACUGUAGAAAUUUGUCUUUCACUCCGAUCACUUUCUCCCUGUGAAAGUGUUGGACUGUGGUGCAGCUCUAGAAAGAAGCAAUCCCUUUUUGAUUUGCAGGUGACUGACACCAAAUCUAAAACUGUUGUUUUAGACGGCUGAUACAUUUUCUGCUACAAGACUCCGCGGUAGCUGCUGGAAAUAUCAGAGAUCAGGCAAUCGGCUCACUGAUCUAAAAUGUAAACAAAACGGUCAGAAAUGCAACAAACAGCACAGCCGCAAAGACUGUUGCAGUGAACCGUGUAAGCGUUUUGGGUGGACUUUUCCUUUAACAUUGUGAGCAUCGUGCUUCUGGAGCCUGAGGACUUUAAUAGGUUAAUUCAUUAAAUUCAUUACGUCCGUCACAGCAGUGAAGGUUCAGUUUCACUGUGCAGCAAAUCAAACCUCCUGGAUGCAACUUCAGUUUUCUGCUCAGCAUUUUCUGAAACGUGUUGCUAAAACUUUGUUCUGUAUUCGACCAAACUAGUGUUUGUUCGUGUUUCAGUGUUUUUUGUAUGAACAAUGUGGAGAGAAACAGUGAUUGUGUGUGUGUCGGACUGUCUUAGCUGUGAGAACAAACCUGACCGGUGUCAUGCUGUCAGAUGUUAGUCUUGUUAAAAAAGCUCUUGGUGGAUUGAAGUGGAUGCAAACUUGUAUUGUUGAUAGGGAAAUCUAUCAAUAUUUCAAAUUAAAACUCCAUGCUGCAAUAAAUUAUUUUUUUAACAGUGA